CUACAACCAUGUUAUUGAGUAAAAACAUCUGUGUACAAGUAUAAGCACGAAAGCAAAUACAAUAUUUUAUGUAGAUUGUUUCAAGCAGUUUUUUUUUCAUAUUGCUUUGGUAGUGAUACUUGGUACUUUUAAACCAAUAUACCAUCUACAAAAGAUAUUGGUAGUUUCUUGUCGUAAUGGGAAGUAUUGAGAAGGCUUGCAUUUCCGGAUUUCUUUGCCGCCUCUGCUCAGAAAUGCACAGGACUGUAAUACACAUAUAUGGUGAUCACGGCCAGCGCUUAUGUCUUGUCGAGAAAAUCAACGGCUAUUUACCAAUCACUAUAUCUCCAACUGAUCCAUUGCCUAAAACCAUUUGUAAAACUUGUUUAUAUCGAGUCGAACAGCACUAUACCCUUUUAAUGAGACUCACACGUAUGAGAGAAGAGCGCAGACUGAAAUUAAUGGGCUACAAAUCUCAACGGGAUGCAGAUAAUUUUUCGAUAUCCAGUGUCGAAUUCUCUGAUGACGAGGAAGCAGCAUCCACAGAAAAUAAUGAUUCUCCAGGUGCAGCUAAAAAAUCGAGCCCCAAUAAGCCCACAACUUCAUUAACAACAAAUAUCAGAAGCAGUAAUAAUUUAGAUAACGCAGGGACAAGUAGUGCUCAAGCUAUAUCGAACGUUAAUAUUGCCCAUAGUUCUGCAGAACAUGGCCCACAGGAGCUUUAUCCAACGACUUAGAAAAUCCCAUUUUUAUUUACUUUUGUUUAACUUAAUCAAACACAAUAUUCAUAUGUACGUAUUAUUGAUAAAUUAAUAUAUAUAUUAUAUAAUAUAAUGGCAUCUACGACUAGGUAAUAUUCAUUGUGUAUUUGCUACUUUACAGCAUGUCCAUAUACAUAUUUAAUUGGUCAGAUUAUAUAACAAUUAUUUCAGGAUCUUCGCAAUAUUUAUGAUAAUUGACUAUAUAUGUACAACUUGAACAUAUUUAAUUGUAUAAAACCAAAUUAACCCUGGGAUCGACGAACUUCUGUAUGGACAAACAUUACAAAAGUAUCAGAGGACAUCAUAACACAUUCAGCCAGCUUUCGCAGAUUUUGAUCAUGAUGUUUAUGGACCACUUUAUUUUCAUUUUUGUAAAUUAGUUGUUUCAUAGUAGUAGUCGUAAGUUUAAUUUUAAACCAAACUAAUAAAAAAAUAAAAGUGGUUUUAUCAUA